UCUCUCUCUCUCCCCCCUUCUCCUUUUCUCUCUCUUUCUCUUUCUUUGCUACAAUCACUUCCACUUUUAUUGGUUUUGGCUGCUUCUUGUGACGGCGCUUGAGAAUUUUCAUAAAGGAGGGGACUCUGGGCUUCAGGGUCCUUCCAAGUUCCCAUCUUUGAUGCAGAGUGGAAUCCUCUGAAGAAUUUUUAAAAGAGGCAUGGUCGAGAGUAUCUGUGGAUCGAGGAUACAUCAAGAUUUAAUCCCCGCCAAAAUCUGACCAGUGCAUUGCUGCUCUAUGUAGCUUGUAAUGAAAGAGUAUCUCAUCUGGGUGACUUGCAACGCUUCAUAAUUUGAUGCAUGAAUGGGAACAAAAGUGCAGUGUAAAAGCUACAUUCCGGGAUACUACCCAAUGACAAAUUUAAACAAGGACUCAGACAGUAGUUGGUCUCGUUAUCAUGAAGAUAAAACAUUUAGUGGGCCGCUGUACAAUGGUUUCAAGGUGAGCCCAGUGAAUGAACAUUCAGAAUAUGAUAAAGAAAUGUUGAAGAGAACAAUGCUUGAACAUGAAGCAGUGUUUAGGAAGCAGGUUUAUGAACUUCACCGUCUUUAUAAAGUACAAAAGUACUUGAUGGAUGAGCUUAAGAGAAAACAGUCGUACAGAUAUUCUGCACCAACAGGGGCAUCCCACUCAAAUAUGUUUUCAUCUCAAAUGCCACAUGAAGUUCAUGGGAAGGUGUGGCAGAUGCCUCAUCAACCUUUAGUGCACAUGAGUUAUAGUAGGGCUUCUGCGCCAGAUGCCGAUGACAAGAAGCCCCAUAUGGGUUUUCUGAAGGAAAAUAAUAUGCAGUACACUCCAAUUUCACCUGAAAAUGGAGGAUCUCUUGAUGACAGACCAGUGGACCGUAAACUCAAGAGGCCAAAAAUAAUGUUUGACCUUCAUCUCCCUGCUGAUGCGUAUAUUGACAGUGAAGAUGCUGAAAGUACAGAGAAGGAAAAUGUUGCUGAUUCAUGUGUUAGGGCUGCUGAUCCUCUUAACAAAAUUCAUGGUAUUGAGCCUGAGAAGAAUGUGAAGCUAACUCUUGGCACUAGUGAUGAUGGUAAUUGCAGGGAAGGUAGCUGGAAGUUAGAUUCGCAUCCACGAGGUUGUCUUUCUAUUUGCAGUUUGGCUGAUUUGAAUGAACCCAUCAAAGAAUCAGAUGGCGAGGAAGCUGCAGGUUCAGUUUCUAAUUGUUUGAGAACCCAAUAUAAAGAAGGGCAUCAGUUACCAAUGAAAUCGACUGCAACUUUUGUUCCGCGGGAUAUUUUCAUGGAUGGAUAUAGAAAUGAGGGAAGUUGCUCAAACUUUCUUCAUGCAGAUAAGCGGGAAAUUAGACAAGAAUGGCAAGCCUUACAUAAUCAUGUUGGCAAAAGUAGAAGCAAUGUGAAUUCUUUCAGUUCUGGUUCAUGCAUUGAGAAAUACCCAAUGUCAUCUGAGUCGAUUCAAUUGAAGCUUGAGAAAGCCAAUGAAAGUCAUUUACCUGAUCAGAAUAAACUAGAUACAUAUUUAAGGGAGAAAACAACACAACCUACUGAAAUUGUUGGAAGAAAUCUUCAUCUUGUUCGCUCAAACCAUUCAGUGGUGACAUAUUCUCAAAUGAACAGUCCACUCUCAGUUGUUUCUCGAUCAGCCUGUUCUAGUGCUACAUCUCCACCAGUUUCAUCUUGGAGAAAGCCAGCCCAUAGUAUAAGCCACAUUCCAAUUGCGGUUCAAGCACUCCCAUGCUUCAAUGGCUCCGUAUUGACGAAUGCACGGAGCAACAAUUCUAAUGCUCAAAACUGUAGUACCGCUGCUGACAAACUGCAAUGCAAUGGCGUUUUGAAGUCACACUCGCAUUUGGGGAGUAAAUUUCCAAAUGGCCUUCAUAAUGAUUUGCAGUUGGAUUCUAAAUCUUCAACACAUUUGCUCCUCCCAUCAAUCACCCUUGAUCGACCAAACCUCAACAGGGGUGGUGAUAAUUCAGCAUAUCCGAACUGUGACAGUCAUGCAGUCCAAAAGUGCUUAGAUGGUUUGCAGUGCCAAGACAAUAAAUCUGGAACUUCUAAUCGAGCUAUCCUGAAUGGAAUUCUGGACAACCUCACUUCCAAACAAGAUUUAGCAGGGAAGCAUGAUGGACCAUCAAAGGGGUUACCUUGGCUAAGUACGAAGUCACCCGGCAGUGGGUCUUCUGAUAUAGCAGUAUGUGACCCUCAAAUGGAGUUAGGUUUCACAAAGGAUUAUUCUCGGCUGAUGUCUGGAUAUGAAAAGGUUACUGCAGAAUUUGCAAGUAAAGGAGAGAAAGAUAGAGGUUCUUCUCUGUGCAUUCCGCAUCAUUAUCUAUCACAUUUUCAGAUCAAAGAAAACAAAAUUUAUAGGCAUGAGGCAUCUGAUGAUGACUUGAAUAGCAAUAGAAUUCCUGAUUUUCCUCUUCUUGAUAAGAUUCAGCAGAGUGCUCACUGCUCACCUGUCUCAUGUCAUAAACAAUCUUCAGCUGAUGACACAAAGUUCAGUGAAAAAGGAAAGGGUGCUAGAAAUCAUUGUCUGGGUACCAGAAACAACAUUAAUUUGAACUCUGCUAUAGAUGAGGCAGAAUCUCCGCCAUCACUUUCCAUUCCAGGUUUGUCUGCAAAAAUUGCUUGCAAAAUUGACUUGGAAGCACCAAUUGAUGCAUGGGAAGAAAGUACCGUAAGUUUGCAGGGUAAAAUCAUGGGGAUGAAUCAUUUCAAGAAGCUCGUCGAGAGCAAAGAUGGUUCACAGGAAACAGAAUUUUUGCAUGAUACACCUCUUAGAGUGGCAGCGGAGAUUAUCAUUUCUAUGUCGCUAGAUGUUUCCAGUCAUUCAAAUGGCAUCACAUUUUGCUCAUCAACCCCGGCAUCAUGUGAUGAUUCCUUGCAAUGGUUUGCAGAGGUAGUUAUAUCCAGUGCAGAGAGUGGAGUGUCAAAAGGAAGAGGAGAUGGUGGCUCUGAACCUUCGGAUGAUGAUGGGAUGGAUUCAUUCGAGUCCUUGACAUUGAAGCUUGAGGCCAUGAAGGAAGAUGAGUACAUGUGCAGAUCAUGGGAGCAAGAGAAGCCAAAGGAUGAGGAAGCAAGCACUGCUUCACUGCUUCUUACGAGACCUCGGAGGGGCCAGGCAAGAAAAAGAAGGCAAAGGAGGGAUUUCCAGAAGGAUAUUCUACCGGGCCUUGCAUCAUUGUCUAGGCAUGAGGUAGCAGAAGAUAUCCAAAUUUUUGGUAGUCUGAUGAGGGCAUCAGGCCAGCCUUGGCAGGCUGGUUCAGCCAGACGGAGCACCGGCCGAAGCGGGCAGACGAGGGGAAGGAGGCAGCCAAGAAGUUUGGCUGUGGUCCGUGUCAGUCCCCCGCCGACACAGCCUACUAAUACUGAGCUUGAGAUUGGUGGGACAAGCAUGAUGGGGUGGGGGAGGACGACAAGGCGAUGUCGUAGGCAGAGAUUUACCCCUGGAAAUGCUUCUGUUCCUCAUGAGUAGAGCUUGGAGGGCUUCAUUUGUGAGCAUAAUCUUACGGAGGGUCAUCAGAAUAGCAAUUUUCUGAGUGUUUGGUUGUUUUAACCUGGGGAUGUUUUGUAUAUGUCGGCCCUAAUUUGGGCCUUUGAUUAAGUACUUUGAGUCAAACAGUUUGUACAUGUCAUAGCAAUAAAUGCUGGAUUUUUUCAUA